UUGUUAGAGUAAUAUGAGGAUAAUUAUCGUUAUUAUUAUACCUUUUCUUAUUUCUCCUACCCGAACAGUUGGUCUUCCCGGUCUGGAGCAUUUGACGAAAUUAUUCAUCCAUUCAUGCGACUGUUGGCUCGUCUCGGGCAUGUCACAACGCGACACUCUCAACGAGAACGAGGGCCGAUCGCCAUCGUCGUCGUCGUCGGACUGUGCCGCGGGAUGAUCGAUCGAGGCAUCUGUAGAAGACCUGGUUGCCUACCUUGUUUCUUCUUUUUGCUUAUCAUAUCAUUAGUUACCAAGGUUAGCAAGGGAAGCCUUACCAAGAAUUCAUCUACUUCUUUCCACACUAGCGAGCAGAGACUGAGACUGAGAGAGAGAGGAACGUGGGGAAAUGUGAGAUGUCAACUUUUCGGAUUAAUUCGUCAAGCCCCCAAUAGAGAGAGAGGCUGUUGCUGACUGCAGACUAGUCUAAGAAGAGAAGAGGAGGGGGGGGGAGAAAGUGGGCAAGUCGGAGGGGUGGAAACGAGAAGCGAAACUGUGGUUAGUGAGUUAACAGGAUUACUAGUAUUAUGUCUGACAGAAGAGUGGAUUCAUGGAUCGGGGCAGGGACUAUUG